GGGUUGACCAAAAAAAUCGAUACGAACCGGUCGGGAUUGGUUUGGGAUUGAGAUGCCUGAUUUCGAACUCUCAGCGUCGCCGAUAUGUUUUGUCCUGUUAAACCCUAAAACUAAAACCCCGCGAAGAGAGAAGAGUUCUCUGUAGUGUUCUUUUGAUGGCGGAAUCAAUAUCAUCAGACUUGGAAGAUCAAGGAAUGGUGGUGGACGGAGGGAAUAGAGAUGUUGAGGUAGGAAAAAUUCCAGUGAUGGCUUUCAGACCAUCCCACGAAGCUAAGCUUAGAGAAUUGUUGCAUAAUAUUUGCUUACAUGAGAUUAAGCUAUGCUCUGAUGCUGCAAAAGAAUUUGUUAAGUUACUGAAGGGAGAAACCGGUGGCGAUUUGUUGCGUCUUUAUUUCCAGAGCUCACCAAACUUUGCUGAGCUUCUUGAGGCAUGGAAGCUUCGACAUGAAAAACAAGGAUUGUCCUAUAUAUUCUCGCUUAUCCAGACGAUUUUGAGUCAUCCAGAGGGAAAAGAUAGAUCAACUGAUAUUGGAAGAGCUAUUGACCAGUUUGGUAGGUUACUUGUUGAAGAAAAAUUGGAUGAUAUUUACAAAGAAUUGAACAGCAAAGAGGGAAAACAACAGUCUGCUGCACUUUCAUUGUUAGCUUCGAUUGUUAGACGUGGUCCAGGAAUGGCAUCAGAGAUAGCUAAGAAGUUUGAUUUUAAGGGUUUUGCAAAACUAGCAGAGUAUAAUACGCAAGGGACUGAAAAGGUUAAGAAACACUCAACAAGGAAGGCAUUUGUUGGAUUUGCAAUAUCAUUCCUUGAAGUUGGGAAGCCUGGAUUGUUAAGCUCAGUGUUAAAUAAGAAGGAAAUGUACUCGAAAGUCCUGCCAGGCCUUGGGAAAGAUGAUGAUGACACUGUGGCUUCUGUCUUGUCUACGUUAAAGGAUAAGAUCCUUGUUGAAGAAUCAUUAAUUUCUCCUGGUCUAAGGAGUGUUCUUUUUGGAAUUGUGACGCUAAAGCAUCUAGCCAGCAUUUCAGCAAGAGAGGAUGCUGGGAUUGUGAAUGAGUUGGCCCAUGAUGUUCUUGUUAAAGUUUGCACAGACCCCUCUAAUGGAUUGAUGCCAGAUGCAAAGAGAAAGUUGAGAGGCAAUUCUGACAGACUACUAAUGCUCAUGAAGGGGUUGAGAGCAGCAGAAAUUGGUUAUCACAGGGAUUUGCUUCUAGCCAUUGUUAGGGGUAGACCGUCGUUAGCUUCAGAUUUCUUGGACGAGUUUCCAUACAAUGUGGAAGAUUUUUCAUCACCAUCCUGGUUUUCUUCUAUUUCCUUGGCAGCAAAUUUGGUAUCGUCAGUAAGAACUUCAUGUUCUUUUGACUUUCUCAAUCCAGAUCAACGUGCUACACCUCCUUCUGGUGGCUCAGAUGUUCAGACUAUCAUGAAAUGCAUAUGCCCCCGACCAUUUAGCCGGUCACUGAUCACUAAAGGGAUGCUACAUUCUGAUUUUCUUGUGAAACAUGGGACCUUGAGAUUUCUCUUGGAGACGCUGAGGCUGUUGGAUUCGUUUCUUACUGCUUGGAACCUUUGUUCAUCUCAUAGAUGCUCGGUUGAGCAAAUUCAGAUUUCUCUUGAGCGGAACGUCAUGGGUGAAGUGAGCAGUUUUUUUCCAGAUUCCCAGGUGUUAUUGAUUGUACUGAAGUCUCUGGACGGUUCUAGUGGAACUCAAAAGCUGUCAUUGAAGAGAGAAGCAGAGUUGGAUAGUGGAUUAGUAGGAAGAAAAAAACGCAUUAAGCGAUCGGAGAAGGAUGUUUUGGAAGAAGAGGCUGUUGAUAUUGUCAUUGGUGGGGUAGGUUCUGAUAAAGAUAUCUUUUUGGCUGAGGAUAAUAUGGAUGCUCAUAUGACAGAUCAGGAAGAUGCUGAAAAAGAAUAUCUUGGGAUUGUUUCAGAUAUUUGGAUUUCAGAGCUUUGUUCUAACCCUAUUGAUUCGGUCGAAGAAGCAGAGAUGUGUUUUCACAUAAAGCUUCUGGAUGCCCUCAAGAUUUAUGUGCGUGCUGUACCUAAUGAGCUUGAAGGAUCGUUUGAUAUCUUCAUGAAAUUUCUGAGCAAUUCUUUCGGUAUGCCAGUUGAACUGCAGAGGGCUCUCUUGUCUUUGCUAAGUGAGUACAUCAGUUGGACGCCAAAGUCUCAAAGUGACAGAGGUCCUACAAGAAUUCCACCACUUAUGCACAAGCAUUUGCGUGUGUUCAUUAAUUUGUUACUUUUUUCACCACACAACGGGGUGAAGGAUCUAGCGUACAAUUUAGCAGUGGCAGCUAUGAACAGUACUGGUGCAUUUGAAAACAACCCAAGUGAAAUUGGUGCAUGGUUCUUGUUUCUACCAUGUUUUGAAAAGAUUAAAUUACCUCUUGAGCUUCAGGAGGCUGUACAGAGCAUGUCAUCAGUUGUCGUGUCCUUUUUAUGUGAUGCAGUUUCGACUGUUGGAAAUAAUUUAUUCAAGCACUGGGACAUUGUCAGAAGUAGCUUGUCCCAUUUAAAAGGUGUAUCAAUUGGUUUUAGCCCCCUAAUUAUUUGUCUACUACAGAAGUGUGUGAGGCUACUAAAUUCUGAAUCUAAAACGUCUUUACCAGAGAAGUCAGCAAUAUCUCUGUACGUCUGCAGCACACUGAAAUAUCUUUUGCAAACUCAGGUAGAUUCCAAAUUACUCUCAUGUUUGAUCCAGUCAGUUUUAUCUGAGGUGGUUGAUGAAUCGAAGGAUUCUUUAUGCGAAUGGAGGCCAUUGAGAAUGUUACUUUGUUUCUCACAAUCCCUGUCAAACGAAAAACCUAUCAUCUUGCAUUCCAGAAGGACAACGGGUCUACCUGCUGACAGUUCUUUUGCAGAGACUCUUGAUGAGAUCAAAAGACUAGUUAGAAGCAUUUCUCCGGAUGAAAUUGCAGGAAUAGUUAAAGCGUUUUCUUCUGCAUUGAUAUGUGCAACACCUGAAUCGAUCUUGCAAAAUUUUGCUUCUGUGAUGGAUGUUUCUUGGGCCUUUUAUGGAACACCAUUCUCAUUUUUACAGUCCAUCACCUUUCUAGAGGAAAAUUUCCUUGGAAACCUUUCAAAGCUAUCGCCUGACUUGUUUGCUUCAGGUUCAGAAUUUACUGGGUCAGGGAAUCUGUGUGAAGGAACAGUAGAUAGUGAGAUUGAUUUUUCUGGCCACUCAUCCGUAACUGAAGAAAUCAGAAGUAAGAUGGACAAUCGUGAUAUGGAAUCUUCAGCCUUCUCUAUAUUCUUAAAGCAGGCUCCUUUUCCUGUAUUACUUAACGCAAUUAUGAGCAUGGAUAUAUCUUGCUUACCAGAGUUUCCAAGAAUAUCAGAGCUAUUGCUGCUAAAAGUUUCACAGCCUAAAAGUGGUAGUAUUGACUCCAAUAUUCAAUUAAUACUGUUCUGGCUCUUUCAAAUACGAUCAUCUUACAAGGUUCAACCAGCUCCAGUACUUCAUCAACUCUCUGAGAUCUGCUUACGUCUCAUGAAGAACUUGUUCUCUCAAAUAUCAGAACCGGAGCUUGUUUCUGGACCCUCUUCAAAUAAGUUGCCUGCUUCUUUUGCAAAGUGGAAGCAUCAAGUGGCCGAGACAGUUCUUUGCCACCCAGUUGUGAUGGCACUGUUAGAGAGUCCCUUGGAUUGUGGCACAUUACCUCCAGUGCAGAAUGUUGAGAUUUUUUCAGAAACAUCGCUGACAAUGGGCAGGCUAGUAUUUAGUGAAAUAGAUCAACACAUCCUUAAUCUAUUGGUUUCUACUUGUGAACACUUUUUGUUUGAUGAGAAACCCCCCAAUCUGUGGAAAGAGGACCUCAGGAAAAAUAAGUCAAUUAUAGCGUUUAAGGACUUGGUUGAAAGGCUUCUCUUGGAAUUUAGGGUCAAGUUUGAGCUUUGUGUUGGUUCUCAAAGUUACGUUUCUCUUCUCCAACCAGCACAAUUGAUUCAUGCUUUGUUGAGAUUUAUAUCACCUUUUAAACUUUUUAAUAUUGCUCAUUCCAUGUUGAGUAAAAUUGAUGAGGAAGGAUUAACAAGCCCAAAUUCAAGUAUUAUUCUCAGUUUGGGAUUGGGUAUUGCAGGUGGAGCUUUUGAAAUGCUUGUAUUAUAUUCACACCAGCCGACUGCUAAGAGAGGGGUAUAUGAUUUGCUGUGGGAAUUAGAAGAAAAGAAUUAUGCCAGUAACAUCAUUGAGAAAGUAUAUAGCAUGGCAUGCAAGUUUUCUACCUCUCUUGAUUUGGAUUCAGCAGAUAUUUGUUUGCUUAAAGUUUGUGGUGGUAUUUUCAGGGGAAAACAUAAUCAAAAUUAUGCUGUUGACCCGUUGGUCUUGAAAAUUUCACUGAUUGUUGGAAGAACCCCUGAAGACUUGAUUAUCCAUUGCAUUAACCGGGCAAGCAUAACCAGAGCCAAGAUAUUAUUCUACCUUGUGGAGUCCAGUCCCUUGCAUCUGUUAGUCUUUGGACACUUUUUCUUUAGUAUGCUAAGUAAGAAACAGGAUGACUCUGCUCUUACAGAUGAUCAGUUUAUCAUGCUUCUGCCUGCUGUGCUAUCGUAUCUGACAUCAGUUAUUGCAAAACUCGAGAAGCCUUGUAAUAGAUGUUUGGAUAUAACUUCAGUUUAUUCAAAUAUACUAAUAAAUGGUUUUCUUCAGUGGCCGAGGUUUUUGGCUAGGUGCAUCUUUGAAGAGAAGCAUGAAGAGAUUCUUCUGUCAACGACUGAGGAUAUGGAAACUAUGUUUAAUGCGAGUCUUAUUGGGAAGGCAGUACGUAUGUUUCAAUACCACUUUUCCUUGACUGAAAGUCCAACUAAAGAAGAUGAUCUCUUUAAGGUAUUUAAUUCCAUGUUUCCUCUCAGUAGUACUGGCAAGGAGAUGUUGGAUUACGAGAUAAAGGAAGUGGACGUUCAGUCAGUAGACCAAAUAUUAAAUGUUGCUAUCCGUGUGGUUGCAAAAGUAACAGUUUCAAGGAUUUGUUUGUUUCCUGAGGAUAGCAGUAUGUGUCAUCUCAAACGUGCAGCAGGUACUUGUGUGAAGGAAAGUUCUUCAAAAAUUGGAUGCAAUAGAGCAAUUUUAUCAAAGCCGUUGCUAGAUGCUUUAGUUAAUAGUUGGCAAUGUGUUGUCAAGAAAUCUGAUGGAUCUUUUAAAGGGAAUUAUGAAGGAAAACAAGACAGAUGUUGGUCCUUGUGCAAAAGUCUUGAAAACUUCAUUUUGAGAAGUAUUCUACAGUUUUUGGAAAGCAUGUGUGAGGAGCUUGUUCAAUUGGAUUCUCUUCCCUUCCUGGACAGAUUGAUGAAAUCAGUUCUUCUCUAUAGAUUUGAGGACUCGAAGACACUGAAGAUACUGAGAGAAAUUUUCUCCUUAUUGUCUAGAGGGAAGUACUCAUAUGCACCAUAUAUCCAACGCUUAAUAUAUCACUCUCGGUUUACACCAACUAUCAGUUCUCUCUCCAUAUCAUCCUCAAAUACUGGUGAAUUAUUCAGGCCUGUCUCCAGCAUCCUAAAUCAUCUUAUCAUCUUAAGUCCGGAUUCUGUCAGAGUUAAAAGGUGUUGUCUUGAAGCACCUAAGUAUGCAAAGCAGUUAGAAAUUGUCAAAAUUCUCAGAGUGCUGCUCUCCAAUUGUGGAAAAGAUUCAGGAAUGAAAGAGCUGCUUUCAGAUCUACACUUUCUUCUUUUGUGUUCUUAUGGUGCAACUCUGAGAGAAAUCGACUUGGAGAUCUACAAGCUGAUGCAUGAUAUCAAGUUGAUUGAGGCCGAACAGACACUGAAUGUUUCUGAAACAGAUUAUUUGUGGGGUAAAGCUGCCUUGAAAAUAAGAGAGGGACUCUCUCAGGAUGCAUCUGAUGUUUGUCAAGUUGAUUUAGUGGAAGAUGUCCGGCAGGGUCUUAUUAAAGAGAAUCUUUGUGUUGAUCCCAAAAUCUGUGCUCUAACUGUUUUGUUUUUUCCUUAUCAACGUACUACAGAGAAAUCGGAGAAUUUUUACCUAUAUGAUGAUCCAAUAAAUGAGGUACCCGUCUUUAGUUUUAAUUUUCAACUCAUUGUCCUGGGUUACAUUGAACCUGUGGAAUUCGCCAGCUUAGGCUUGCUUGCAGUUGCAUUUGUGAGCAUGUCUUCAGCAGAUCUUGGGAUGAGAAAAUUGGGCUAUGAAACUCUUCAAAUAUUUCUGGAUGCCCUUGAGAUGGGAAAAGAUAUUGUAGAGGGAAAUAUUUUGGCCUUCCCUAUCUGCACAGAGGACUUUAAUUGGUUUUGCAAAGGUUUAAUGAAUUGUAGGAAGAACAAGCAUGUAACAGGGCUUAGGCUUCUGCUAAUGUAUGUACAAAAUGGAGUUGAGGAACCAUGGCAAAGAAUCCCAACUGUUUCUGCUAUUUUUGCUGCUGAGACAUCUAUGAUAUUGUUGGAUCCUUCUCACGAACAUUAUGUUCCCAUAAAUAAACUUUUGAAGAGCUCAUCUACACUGAAACUGAGGGGAAUACCAUUGUUUCAUGAUUUUUUCUGGAGCAGCGCUGUUAACUUUAGAUCGCAGAGGUUUUGGGAACUACGCCUAGUGUAUCUGGGCUUGAAAUCAGAUGAUGAUGUUCAAAUUUACAUUAAAAACUCAAUCCUUGAGACAGUGAUUAGUUUUUCCUCAUCUCCUCUUGCUGAUGAUGAAACUAAAAGACUAAUCCUUCAGGUUGUGAGGAAGUCAGUCAAAUUCCAUAAGAUAGCCCGACAUCUAGUUGAAAACUGUGGUCUGUUUUCAUGGUGUUCGUCGUUUAUUUCAAAUUUUACUACAAAGCCGAUUGGAGACAAAGAUCUGCACUUGGUAGUUGUCUUGGAGAUCAUAACUGAUGUUCUCGCCUCCAGAAACAUUACAGAGUGGUUGCAACGAUUUGGCCUCGAAGGGCUAAUGGAAAUCUCAUCGCGUUUAUACAAACUUUUAGGUGGUGGCUUGGUAUCAGUACAAGAAAAUGGUACUUCAGUUGAUUUGAUUUUGCAGAUACUAUCUGCUACUCUAAAGAUUUCACAGAAACGAAACAUGUACCAGCCACAUUUCACCAUCACAAUCGAGGGAAUAUUCCAACUCUUUGAGGGUGUUGCUAAUUUUGGUUCUCCUCAAGUCGAAGCUAGUGCAGAGAGUGGGCUUAUUACUAUAUUAAUGAGCACCCCGCCAGUUGACAUAUUAUGCAUGGACGUGGACAAGCUGAGAAGGUUUCUUUUGUGGGGAACCUCCACAGCAUUAAAGAGUGACUUUAAAAAGGGAUCUAAACCUAGUGAGUCUCAUGAAGAUACAAAAAUACUCAUUGAAGGACCACAAGAGGAGACUAUGGUAGCAAAGUUUCUACGCUGGCUGUCGGCUUCAGUUAUUCUUGGGAAGUCUUAUUCUAAAGCCAGUGAUUCGGACCCAACAUUCUUAAGUAAAACAAAACCAGAAACUUUGCUGACAUCGUUAGAAUACUUUAAGAAAAGGAAUCUCGAAGACAGCAUGCAAAAUUCAGAGCACAUAAUAGGGGAAGUAAUUGUGCACCUCCAACAGUUCCUGAGUACAAACUACAUGUUUCUUCUUCCCUCUGUUGUAUUUGCACUUUCUCUCAUGCUUCUUCACAAUGACCUCGGGACUGGAGAGUCUGAUGGCGAUUACAAGCUCAUCAAAUCUCUGUGUUCUAAAAUUAGUAGUCCUCCUGAGGCUAUUCCGGGCUGGAGAUGGUCAUAUUAUCAAGCGUGGAGGGAUCUGUCAUCGGAACAAGCCACAGAUCUGGAUAAGAUCAAUGAACUCCAUGCGUGCCAACACCUUUUGCUGAUAUUCUCUGCUAUGCUUGGAGAAACGCCACAGGAAUCUCAACAGGUGUUGCUUCGUAAAAGUUUUGACAUGUCUCAUGUAUUCGAAUGGGAAAGAAGUUUAGUUGAGACCUAGACACUAGUCAUUGUAUUGCAGGAUUGUAUCAUCCAGAUCUAUCAAUUUUGUAAUAUUAAUGACAUGAGUUGUUGGGUUUUGUUGUAUCAAUGAGAUAUGUUAUGUGAGUCAGAGUCCAUAUAAAUCAGGGUAUCUCGCCGCAG